UACCUCAUUGUGUUUGGCAUCCCAUCCAUUGACAUUGAGGCGAGGCGGAGACGCCGUGAUCUGCAGCGGACCACGUGCUGGCAGUUCCCCGGUGUUGCACGGAGGGCGAAUAACUUCAAUGGUGCCAUGUUGGUGUUGUAUGUACUUGCAAGGCACCCAUCACACGGCUAUAAUCAUUCUGCUGCACUACUGGAGGAGACUGAUGAGUAUCAUGAUGUGGUUACACUGAGAACUAGCGAUGCUCUGCCAACAACGAACAAAACAGUUGGUACUGUGGGUCCUUGGGGUACCGAGGCUGGUAUAAGUAUAAGCAGGAAGGUAUAUCUUUGGUUUGACUUGGCACUGCGAGUAUUCCCGAAUGUGGCCUACAUUGCGAAGGGAGACGAUGACAUGUUCCUACGAGUACCACAGUUCCUCGCUGAUCUGCUCACACUACCCAGGCGAAGGGUGUAUUGGGGAAUGCCUCUGGGUUGGAGUGUGCGGAAACGCAGCAUUAACUACCGUUUUCGAUAUGCUGCUGGAAUGUGCUAUACCUUGUCAAGGGAUGUGGCACAGCAGUUUGUUUCUUACAAACCACUCCAACGUCUCGUAGAGAUGCCGUACAGUAAAAUGCGUGAACCGAAGUUUCUUUCUCUUAAUAUGCAAGAUGAUGACAUGAUGGUCGGGCGGGUGCUGCGUGUGGAGCAGCGUCACCAUCACUCUAUUUUCGUCGUUGCUGCACCGUGCAGCUUUCACGAUAUUCUUAACGACACUGGACACUAUUCGGUCACAUGGAGGUCUGUUGUUAUUCACCACUUGCGUGAGGAUGACUAUGGGAAGCUGAUGGAGCGGUUUGGCAACGACACGACACAUAGCUCUAGACUGGAAAUGGUGCGUGGACGUGGAUAUAUUCAGUUUGUUUGUUAG